AGAUUCAGUUGUUCGGUCAACUCACAGACACAGACGACCAAACUUUGUUGUUGGUGGAGGGUAAACGUAAACCCCUGCACUCGUCCAUAGAGUGGAUGGGAUGUGUAGUAUAUUGCUCGAGCGGUACAAGAUUAACAAUGUUUUACAACAGCUUCUAUAGAUUCCACAAGUUACAGGUGAAUGGGUUCCAGGUAAACAGUUUGGGUUCAGCAUACUUCAGGAUUGCAGGUGAUGGAUAUCACAUAUCACAUAAUCUUAGCGAAAAGUCUGAAGAGAGGGAAAUAAAGGUCUCACUGGAAGCCAGUCCACAUCUUACCAACAAAAAUGGAAUUAAAUUAGAUGAUUCUUCAACUCCAGUGAGAGAUAUACACAUAAAAUAUCCAUUAAAAAAUACUUUACAUUCUAAUUCUAAUGACAAGAACAGCUCAGAUAAGGGUCACAAUACUGAGGAGGAAAAGGUGUCAGCUUCCAUGCCUUUAUAUAAAGAUCAUAUUCCAACAAACUAUUGUCAAAAGUCUAUAUUAUCUUUAGGAGCUGCAGCUGCAGCAAUCUUGGAUCCUCGACGUCAUGACAUGGUUGCAGUCUUAGGAGAAACAACAGGAUACAGAGCUUUGUCUAGAAUCUAUUCAGAAAUGAUUCAAGAUGAAGAGGGACAGCAGAUAAUUUUAGAUAAGCCAAGGAUUAAUAGCUCUACUGUCGAUCUUACAUACUUAUCAAAACUUCCUGAAGGCACACUAGGUCACUACUAUGUUAAAUUUCUAGAUGACAAUAAAGUGACCCCAGAUUCCCGAUUACCCGUACAGUUUGUGGAUGAUCCCGAGUUAGCGUAUGUAAUGCAGCGUUAUCGGGAAGGUCAUGAUCUCUUUCACACUAUCUUUGGGAUGCCUACAAACAUGCUUGGAGAAGUAGCUGUAAAGUGGAUCGAGGCAAUCCAGACAGGUUUACCAAUGUGCUAUGGUGCUGCCGUCUUUGGUCCACUGAGAUUUAGGCCAAAGCAGCGGCAAAAAUACCUACAAGUUUAUUUGCCUUGGGCUUUGCGAGUUGGUAAAUCUGCAAAACUGGUAAUGAAUAUAUAUUUUGAAAAAAGAUGGGAACAACCCAUGUGUGAGCUAAGGGAUGAACUGUGUAUUGAACCUCCACCUGAACUAUAAGUUACCACUACAUUAUGUUUAUGUAAAUAAUUAGCAUGGUGCAGGGAUGUAGGGAACAUCUCAGUACAAUACAGGGUAUAAUGAAUGUACAGAGAUAAUAUGUACUGUAUACUGUAUAUGUACCAUUUAUUUUGUAGUACGUAAUUUAUAUUUGUAAUCUGUUGUGUAACUGACCUUGAAAAUUUCUCUAGUACUGUAUUGUAUUUCAUUUUGUGAAAAGAUCUUAUUUUGUAGGAGUACAGAGGUUGUCUACACCCUCUGUCAUCUUGGGCAUUAAACUUAUAUGAAUGUA